AUGAACUUCAUAAAACGCGUUCUCCAGCUAACCACGGAUGGACAGAUCGAACAACAGAAGAAUCAAAUCUUCCAAAAUCUGAGGAGAAACGACUAUCCCUCCUCGCUCAUAAAUAGAAUGUUGAAUCGCAUUACCAGCAACAAUGCGCCUCCACCACCCACUAGCCAAAGACCACCUCCACCACCGCUAUCCCCAGGACCACCGCCACCAGCACUACCGCAAAGCACCCCAACGUCAACACAGCUACUGCCAUCUCUGCCGUCACCACCACCUCCGCCACUGCAGACAUCACCUUCAAUGUCACCGCCAAUGCAAUUGCAACCAAGCAUCACAAAUCCACCAACAGAACAGCACCAAACGAACAGCCCACAACGAGAUCAUCAACACCAAGCCACAGAAGUUCUCUACCGAUCGAUGCCAAACAUUCCGACCUUGAUCCGCACCAUCUCCAACAUCCUGAAAAAAGAAUACAACCAGGUAAAAAUAGCCACCAGGAACAUUAAAACAACCAAAUCCCUGCUAAGACCGAUCAAAGAUCCAGUUCCCCCAAAUGAUCAACAUAACAUUGUUUAUAGUACUCCUUGCAACAACUGCGAAGGAGUCUAUAUAGGAAUGACUACGAACCAACUCAAAAAACGAAUGAGCGGACACAAAUCAGAUGUAAACAAAAUUGUAAAUACACCAACAGACAUCACACAAGCAAAAACAGCUCUCACACAGCAUAUGAUAGAACACAACCACACGUUUAACCUCGACGGUACAAAAAUAGUAGAUCGCACUCUCCGAUCCACCGCUCUACCAAUAUUGGAAAUGUGCCAUAUACAAAACACAUCCAAUACUAUAAAUUUCCGCACCGAUGUAGAUGGACUCAAUACUGCCUACGCUGGCAUAUUGCACACAAUUAAAACAACCAACUCUCGUAGAGAACAACUUAGAAAUAGUACACACAACACACACCAUUAGUUUUAGAACAAGUCCAAAGUACGAUAAAGCCAAAAACUUUAUCCAACUGCACGAAAGCUCCACCUUGCCUCACCCGCCAUCUUUUAACCAACCGUAGAAUAUCAUUUUGUAAUCGUACAGUCCAGGUCGUUGAUAAUAGGUGUGUCCAGUCCAGUGUCCCCAAACAAAAUCAAAUAGUUAUUUCGUAAGUUUUUGAAUAUGGUAAAAAAUGUUAAAUGUCCCUAAUAAGUGUUAUUUACAAAAUCCAGGCAUACAAGAAGCCCAACAUGAAAAUUGCGGCAUAUGUAAAUGUAACGAAGAACGACAGACAGUUUUACCCUUGAAAAAGGCCAAAUAAACAAGGCCGAAACGUCGGGCAAUACAAAACUAGUCGUUUUGAAUUUCCCCAGACUGAGAAAGCCAGUUAAAAUAUUCAACAAAUUUCCAGUCGAAACUCUCGUCACGGUUAAAAUACAAACCUACUCUAACCUUAAUAUGUUUUCACAACAAUGAUGUGUGUAGUGAGAACCCCUUUGAGGAUCUUCUGCAACAAAAAGGAAGGGCUUUUGGUUUGCAUGCAGAAACCUCCCAGAAAAGAACCAAAAUCAUAAACAAUAAGUACGAGUUCCAUCAAUAAGGCUUAUGAUUUCAAAAAUUUUCGUCAUGAUCCACAGUACAUGCGAUAUGAUUUCAAGCUGCAAAUUUAUUAUUAUUAGCACUAAACAUGAAAAACGUAACAUCGAAGCUAUGUUAAGGCAAAACUCGUUAUGAUAUCAUGCUGAUUUUUCACGGUGUAUAUCUUUAACUUUCCUAAUGAAUCACGUUGGGAACAACUCGCUGACGUAGUGUACGUCAUUCACAACACAUUCGUUGGUGGCGAUCAAUAGGCCUUGGGCGCCAUCUAAAAACUACGUCACGCUCUUGGGGGAGGGGUGGAGUAUAGUCGAGUGUUACGGCAAAUACUUCUUGUUAUGCCAAAUGGGCAUUAUGCCGAAAGGGCCAUUAUGCCAAAUGGCAUUGAAUUUAUUUAAAUUUUACUUCAACUUUGCACUAAUUUUGUUUAACAAGCUGAAAAUUCAAGACAAGAUUCAGAAAAAUCGGAAAUUAAAAGAAACUGAAACGGAACAAAAUUGAGAUUAAAAAUAAGCCAAAUUGAGUCAAAAUUAAGGCUGAAUCGAAACAAAGUGAAAACAAAAGGGGUGUAAUUGAUAAAAAUGAUCACCCCUAUCACAGCAAACAAUCCAAACAGAACUUCUAGAAACUAUUCACCAAGUCUUCCGCUGUUGGUACGUGUGAAUGACUACUGUUUCCUUUGCUUCGGCCCUUUCCGGCACCACAGAAAAAGUCGUUUCCAUUCGUUGGAUUGGCUCUGAGCAUGACCAAGCUUCACCACAAGAAAACCCACUAACAUCAACCGUAGGAAAAACUCCCUUCUCUCCCUACACGAAGAAGUCCUACAUGUAAUGUGUUAUUUGUAGCAAAUCAUAAAACCUCACCGACGGAGCCGGCUUGCAUGCUUUGCUUGCCAACUUGGCCCCCGGAAGCUGAACCACACACAAAGACGGUCCACCACAUGCUACAUCAUUCGCGUGGCAUUCCGGAACCAAACCAAAGCCAAGGAAAAGGGGAGAUAGUUCUAGUCCUUCAUCCAGCUUAAGGGAAAAAGAAGGAACGCGUCUGAACAAAUGUCCCAUUAGCUAUUAGAUUAUUGUUAUCGCUGGAACGUGGUGGUUCCUUUGGGUGAGGCGAGGUUGGGCAUGAAUGUGUCAUAAUGCAGCUAAAUUGUGGCUGGUUGCAACAUUUUUGUCAGCUUCCCAGCAAAAGUUGAACUACUGCGCCGUUCGUUCGGAAUGGGAUUGGAUUUGGACGUGGUUGGAAUUCAUGGUUUUCUUGAGAUUUGAUGUGAUUUCUACUGAAUUUUGUAAGGGAGGAAAUGUGAUGUCGAAAGACAGAAAAUCGGGUGACAGAAUACCAGAGCCCAACGUUCAAUUUCUAGACAUUUCGUAAAUAUGUUAAUC